AUGACUGAUCAAUUGGAUAUUCCCAAAGUGGCCACAUCGCUUUCGCUGGACUCGUCUGGCCUGAAAAUGGAAAGCGGCCACGAAUCCAUGUGCUCAGUGAACCCAAAUCACAAUGACGAAAUGUAUGUGGAGGCACGGAGAGAUCGUUGUUGUUAUAGGUAAGUACAUUCCUAACCCAAGCCUAGUCCAAGCUUAGCCCUAGCCCUAGCGCUAGCCCUAGCCUCAGCCCUAGGUUAGCCGAAGCCUAGUCCACGGUUAGCCCAAGCCUAGCCCAAGCUUGGCUCAAGCCUAGUCCAAGCCUAGCUAUAGCCCAGAGCCCUAGGUUUAACCCUAGUCCAAGUCUAUCCCAAGCCUAGCCUUAACCUUAACUUUAGCCGAGUAGUAGCCUAAACCAAGCCCUAGCCGUUUUCCUAGCCCAAGCCUGGCUCAAGCCUAGUUCAAACCUAGCUCAAGCCUAGCCUAAGCCUUAGUCCUAGCUUCAGACCUAGCCCAAUCCCUAGCUCUAUAUUUAGCCUAUUAGGAGCUUAGCUCAAGACUAACCCAAGCCUAACCCUAAAAAAACUUUUUAAAUCUACCCUACUUUAGCCAAUUUUAGCCAGUAUCAUAUCUACAAAAACUGUCCUCAAUAUUUUUAAAAUUUGAAAAACGUCUCCCCCCCCCUUUUUCCCAUCCCCCCGCCAUAACUUAAUAAUGCACUCUAAGCUGGCUGAAUAAUUUAUUAUGAUUUGCAAAUUACUUAUUUUGCAAGACUUUUCGAAUUCCUUUACCCUUCUUAUUUCUCCACUCCCACAGGCCACACGAAUGCGAGAGAGUGUUCAGAGAAAGAGAGGGAACGGAACGGGGGGCGGCGUUCCUCAUUCCUCUAUCCCUUUCCCUUUGUUUGAACUUUAAACACUGGCAAAAACGCCAAAAAUUGAUCGGCCUAGCCUUGGGGAUUCGCUGGGAGUGGGUUUUUGGGUUGGGCGGGGUAAAAAUGUAGGUUUAAUUGAAUAAUUCUCGGGAAAAAAUGAGAUUUUUAGGAAUUUUUUGGCAGAAGAAAGCUGAAACAAGAGCUGUAUUUUCAACAAAAAGUUAAGUUAUUAACCAUGCCGGCUAGAGAUUGAGUUUGAGCUAAUAGUAAGACUAGAGCUUAGGCUCUGGGAUAAGGCUUUGGGCUAGGGCUCUGGGCUAAGGCUCUGGGCUAGGGAUCUGAACUAGGGCUCUGGGCUAGACCUCUGUGCUAGGGCUCGAGCUAAGGCUAUGGCUCUGGGCUAGGCUUAAUACUGUUGAUUUUUUGAAAAAUUUAGAAGACACCAGGAGUUCAACUGAUGGGCAUUGUCUGAUAAUUUAUGAGUUUUUUUUUCUGAUUUGGCGAUUUUCGAAACAAAAGAAACAUUGACGUGGGCUAAUCGUAUAAGUGGUGGUUUUGGCGGAUUAUAAAUUGGUUACGUACUUUCAUGCCUUUAGGGUUGAAUUUCAAAAAAAAGUUUUUGUUUGGGUUCUUCGAAAUAAAAAAUUUUAAAAUGUUUUUACUUUACCAUGCCCUAUGUUACACUACCGUAACUUACUACCAGAUCCAAUUUUGUUCUGUCCUACCUUACCCUACCUUGCCUUGCCUUACCAUACCUAAAAUUUUACAAAAAUCCAAAAAUCACACUGCUUUAAAUCUUUUAAAAAAGUCUUGUCGCUCUUUGUCAAGCUUUUGCAGCUUAAAAAGUGACAAAACUUUUUAAACACUAUUUUUGUUAUGUUUCUUUUGCAAGUUUCCUAUCAUUUAAUUAUACCUUAAGUUAAAUUUGUUUUUUAAAUCACGUACAUGUUAAACUAUAAUUAAAUUAUACCAUAAUUUCGUGCACCUGACAAAGCAACCUACCUUUACUUCUUUGAUUGGAUGUUAAACUUUGAACAUUCGUCAGUGCUUUUCAAGUGGCUAAAUUUAAGAAUUGACGGCUUCUGAAGCUUCAGAAAACGUAUUUUUUUAAGAUUUAUAAGUUUUGCCUAAUACUCUGCUUUAUAGCUUGCGUUAAUGGCCAAAAAUCUUCACCUAAGUCUACUACAACAUAAAAAAGUCAACGUUUUAAAAGAAAUUUUAUAAAAAAAACCUUGAAAUACUAAAAGGUAAACUUACUUUCUUACCGGAAACUCCAUCGAAUUUAAUAUUCCCGUUCAUUUUCUUACCAAAAAAAUUUUUUUUGAGUUUCAAACGCGAGAAGUUUCCGCCUUCUGGCAUUGCGCACCACUUGUCAUUCUCUCACCGGAUUCUCGGGCAUUUUCCACAUCAUUCUCGUUUCUUCUGACUCGCUGUUUUUUCCAAAACUUUGAGGGUUUUAUACUUUUUAGAUGAUGGAUAUUGGCCAGGUUCUUGAUAAUUGACUUUGAAGUUAGAUUUUUAGAAGGUUUUAGGGGUUUUGAGUAAUAUGUGGUAUUUUAUAACGAUGUAUUGGUGGAAGAUAAUGUUGUUAUGUUUGAUUAGAUUGUUGUUGAUGUUAUAGCAUAAACAUUGAUAGGUUUUAAACGAAAGUGUUGGGAUUUGCAAAGGAUUUUGAAAAGUUUUUAGAUAUUGAUGGGUCAUGGAUAAUAUCGGUUAUAGCUUAUUAGUCCUUUUCUCUUGCUGUUUAUUAUUGCUAUAGUCAGAUCCUUUAGGUUAUGAUAAAUCUUUUAAUAUGCAAUUUAGAAGGAUUUAUUGGGAUUUUUAUAAAGUUUUGGCAUUUUUCUUUAGGGUUGUUGGAUGUUGGUAGUGGGGUGGAUAACAUUGUCUGUAACUUGUUGUUUCUUUUCUUCUGUUAUUUCUGGUGAUGUGAGAUAGAUUCGACAAUGUAUUUUCAACAUUUUUAUUUAUAAUUUGAUAUGUUUUGGUUUGAAUUUUCAUAAGAUUUUGCUGUUUUCCUUUAGACGCCUCCAAGGCAUCAUGGUUAAUAUGUUUUCGGCCGUUUUCGCUUUGUUCUUUCAAAAUUUUUUUAUCUUCAUUUCUUCCGUAGAUUCUUCAUUGAAAAAGGAACUUAAAAAGAUAACUUUCACUGUAAUAUAAGUGAUAUUUCAUCCAGUACACAUUCGAUAAUAGAAUCAUACCUAGUAUUCCAAAGAACUUUUAAUACCCAACGAAUUAAUCGCAUUUUAUACGAGAUAAUCGGUGUAAUAAACGUGCCAUUAAUACACUGGCGACUGCAUUUGACAUGUGCUAAUAAUAAUGCGGAUUAAUUAGGGUUUCGACGUUUAAAAUGGGCUUUUAAGGCUAAUAGGCUAGUGCAAUGUCUUGAAUAGAUUAAGAUUAUACCGGUAUAUUACUAAAAAAGUCAUGUUCUAUUGUUAUGUACGUGGUGUUCUUGAUGUUUAGAGGUAUUUUAACGAUCUCUGGUCAGUUUGUUUGACCAAUGAUGGGAGUGGCGAAUGUUAUAGUAGGUGGCGUAAGAUGAUCAAUGUCAAAUGCAUAUUUGAAGUUAGAUUAUGCAACAUAGGUCAAAAAGGAUGCUGAAACGCUUCUGAUUUUAAAUCUGAUAGUAAGAAUUUAAAAUUUUUUUGUUUGGCCCGAGUUAUGGCCGGUGUAAAGACACUAUUCCCUAAAUUUUUGCUGUAACUCAAUUUCAACCUAAAACUUUUAAGUUCAGUAUAAUAUAUAUGGUAUUUUAGGCUUAAUUUGAACGGAAAUGGCAUAGCUUUGCGGGUUAAUUGAUGUAACUUGAGCUGUUCUUGGGUUUGAUAUUGGUUGUCUGGCUUAAAAAGGACCAAGAGGUUGAGAACAGGGCUUAAAAGUGAGUUGUAGUAGAUGGGUCAAGGUAAUAUGGUGUUUUUUGCUAAUAUUUUGGUUUUUCUGUGAGGAAAUAAGCUAUGGAAAGCUAGAAUAAGAUUCAUUAUACUCUUUUUUUAGUGUUUAUAAUGUUUAAUUUUGUCAUUAUUUGACGUGUUUUGGCUCUUUUCGUAGCCUCGGUUUAUGAAAUCAAGUAUAAUAUCAUUUUUCGAUUUUUUCGAACUUAUUUGGAAUUCUUUUGUAAAAAUUUUGUUAAUAACAUGAAAGAGAUGUUCAUGACUAAUUUUGGUUUUUAGCUCAGCCUUACUGGCACAUUUGCCCUCACACUUUGAUCUCCCUGGACCGAGCACUUCAACCCAAGGAUUGCUGAACAGAAACGAUUCCCGAAGUCUCAACUUUAUCCACGAGCAUGUAUGUUGUUUAUUAGUGUUUUCAUGUUUAGGAUUUUGAAUUUGGAAGGAAUUGGAAUUGAAAAGCUAGAGUUAUAGGUAAAAAAUGAUGUUGUAGUAGACGUGGUUCUUUCGCUAAAAAUUGAAAUUUUUGACGUUUUUGGUUGAAAAUCUUUGGGAAGUUUUUUGGAAUAGUUGCGUAACGUUUUGAAGAAGUUUUUAAGGUUAAUAUGAGGAAAGUAGAAUAUGAUUUUAAGGUUGUAGUUUUGUUUUUGAUUGGAUUCAAGGUGUUAUAUUUUAUCAUCAAUAUUUUGUCAUUUUAGCGCAAUAACAUCGCGAAUAGAAGCUCAGAGCCGCUUUAUUCGGCCUCAUCAUCGGGCAUCGUAACAAUGUCGAGUGGCUCCAACUCCCAAGAUCUUGUGGAUGAUCAAGCACAGUCCAAUUCUCAGGAUUCUGUCAACGAACCAACUCCAGAAGAGUCUAACUCACGGAAUGCUCAUGAACCAACUCCUGGACUUACUUCUCCUCGGAAUGCUCAUGAACCAACCCCUGGACCUAAUUCUUCUGUGAAUGCUCGUGAAUCAACUCCAGGAUCUAACCGAUCUCAAGGUGAUGAAGAUGAACCGUCUUUUGAAUCAUCUAGUUCUCGUGCUCACGAACCAACUCCAGGACCGUCUGGCUCUAGGAACGUUCACGAACCAAUUCCAGGACCAUCCGGCUCUAGGAAUGUUCACGAACCGACUCCAGGACCUUCCACCUCUCGAGACGAAGAAGAUGAGCCUCUUCUAGAGCAUGUUGAAGCCAGAGUUGAGCAACGACCCUGUGCAGAAGAACGACCUGAAACACCAAGGGCUAAAGCUCAGACAGAGCUGAAGAAACGUGACCAUACGAGGCAAUCACUAAUAGAUGAGUUUAUGGAUCAAAAGAAACAAACGACAAGUAAAAUUCCGUCGUUUUACCACAAAGAUGAUAACUUGUUUGACUUUGAUUCGACUGGUAGGUUUUUGGGAAUUUGAUAUAUUGAUUUUAGACCUUUUUACUCAAUUUUUAAAACUUUUCAAUUGAUAUUUUUAAAAAUAAUGCCAUUCCUUUUACAGAAAAUGUGAACAUUGACAAGGAGUUUCUGGAAUGGUACGGCAAGUCCAUGACCAAUAAUGUGGUUGCAAUUCCAAUGCACAUUGUCCCGCCCGAUGUUGCCGAGGACUACAGAAGAAAGAAUUGUCGAGUUUUGGGAGGUUUUUCUGUUUUCAAUCCAAUCAGAAAGAUUGUGUCACAGAAACGACGUCGUUUCAUUCAGCAUGGCUUCAACAUGGAUCUGACUUGUGAGUUUAAUAAAAUGGAAAAAACUUUCUUUACAGGACUAGAAAUUGCAAGAACUUUCUUUUCAAAACAAAAAAUGGCAAGAACUUUCUUUACAAAGCUAAAAAUGGCAAGAACUUUCUUUCCAAAACAUAAAAUGGCAAGAACUUUCUUUACAAAACAAAAAAUGACAAAAACUUACUUUACAAAACUUAAAAUCUCAAAAACUUACCUUCCAUGAGAUUUAAAUUUAAAAUUUGUCAUUUUCAGACAUUACCGAUAGAAUCAUUGCCAUGGGAUACCCGGCCGACGCCUUUGAACUUGAAGGUUUAUAUCGGAACACUAUGAAGGAUACUCAACAGUUUUUGUGGAAGUUUCAUUCGGAUAAGUACUGGAUCUACAAUUUGUGAGCUUUUCAUUUUUUUCGUUUUUGAAAUUGAAAAAGUUGAAGUUUAGAGCGUUUUUUAAGUUUAAAAUUUGAAAAAAAUGUUUUUAACUUUAUUUCGGGCUCUGAAAUCAUAUAUUUCAAUUUCAGACGCGGCCGAUACAGCUACGACCCCAACAGCUUCAAGAAUCGAGUAACAUCCUUCGACAUGGAGGACCAUCACCCACCUCGUCUCGAGUUCAUGGCCCCAUUCUGUCGCCAAACCGAGAUCUGGCUAGAACAAGAUCCUCGCAAUGUGAUCGCUGUCCAUUGCAAAGCUGGCAAAGGCCGAACCGGAGUAAUGAUCUGUGCCUUUCUCGUCCACAUUAACCUUCUACCUAACCCACGCCAAGUCCUAGAUUACUACUCGAUCAUUAGAACCAUGAACAAUCAAGGUGUAACAAUCCCAUCUCAAAGACGCUACAUCUACUACUACGAUCAUCUGAGAAGGAAGAAGCUCAACUAUCUGCCAUUAAGAUCCGAACUGGUCGGUAUUUACUUGGAAGGGCUACCGGAGAAGAAUGAAGACUACUACAUCAGGGCUCGAGCCAUAAACGGUGAUGUCUUGGUUUACGAAAGCGCUGUCAUGAAGAUCACAAAAGAGUAUGUGGAGAAGCAGAAGACCUACACGAGUUUGGAGUUUAAGCAUCCACAUCAUCCUAUUCAUAACCCUGGAGGGGUCGCGAGUUGGUAAGUGGGAAAAUUUUGAAAAAUUUUGAAAUUUCGAAAAAAUUAAAUUUUGAAAUUUUUUCAAAAUUUGAAAUUUGAAAAAUUGUUGGUUUUUGAAAUUUUUUAACGAUUUUAAACUGAUAAAAUGAUUUUUUUUUAAAUUGAAAAAUAUUUUUAAAAAUUUUUAAAUUGAAACUUUUGAAAUUUCAGUUUGUGCUUUGGCUGGACCUGUCCAUCCAAAGUCUUCCUUGAAGGCGACAUACGAAUCGACAUUUUGUGGGCAGAUGAGAAGGAGUACAUCAAGCAGGAACAAGCAAACGAACAAGGAACCAACAAUCUGCUCGCUGGAACAACAAACCUAGUCAAAAAAUACAAAAAAGGACUGAAAAAGGGCAAGACGAUUGGUCAUGUCUGGUUUAACACCAUGUUUUCAUGUCCUGGCUUCUGUAAAGGGCAUUUUGAGCAGUCCGACGAGAGCAGGAUACCUUUGAGGUCGACUGGUGAGGUUUUGAAAAUUUUGUGAAUUUUUUAACUUUUUGGAAUUUUUUUAAAAAGUUUUUGUUCAUUUUGAACUUCAAACUAUGAUUUUAAAAUUUGAUUUUUUUUUGGCAAUUUUGGCUUUAAUUUUGAUUAUUUUAAUUUUAAAAAAUUUUUAAAAUUUAAAAAAUUUGAAUUUUUCCAAAAUCAUGAUUUCAAACUCAACCUUUAUCACUUCCAGCCUUUCAAAAGACGAACUACGUUCGCAGAGCCAACAAAGAAGACCCGGAAUGUAUGUUGCUGGAGAAAACAGUAUCAUGUACAUACCGUAUUCAACGCGGCACGUUGAACAACUCCGUCUUCAAACCUCCGCCCACCGUCCGAGACAAGAAACACUUGUUUAGCAUAAAAGACAUGGACGCUUUGAACUACACAUUUGACAAGGAGCUCAGCGAUAUUCGAUUGACCCCUGCAGCGGCCCAAGCUUUGAGGGUUGGUUUUUCUUUUGUUAGGGUGGAUAAAAUGGGUUUUUGUUAUGGGAGGGUGGAUAAAUGAAGAUUUUAGUAAGCUUAGGGUGGGUGAAUGAGUUUUUUAUGCUAGGGUGAUUAUGAAAAGUUCUGUUAGGGUAGGGUGGAUAAAUCAAAUUUUUUGAAAACUGUUAAAGCAGGGGGCCUUUGAGGCCGUUUUGAUUUUUUUGGGUUUAUCUUAUUAAGCUUGUAAUAAUAGGGCUUCUGACAAGUUAAAAAGCAUUAUUUUACAGUUUUUACUACAAUUUCACACAUUUUUUUACCUAGUACAAUAUGAAAACUUAAAAUACCUUAAUAACAUAACAUGGGCCAAAAAGUUGCUGAAUAACUUGAAUUCUUCUUGAUUACUUACUGCGAUUUCAAGUUUCAUGAGACGUUACCUACAGAAACAUAAAAGCUAAAUAUACCUGCAUUAAGUACUAUAACAUUACAGACUACCGCAACAAAAGUCUCCAAAUUGCAAAGGAAAAAGCUGGGAAAGAAAGUGAAUGGGCUGUGGAACUCCAAUGCACAGCAAGGACGCUUCAAAAAGGUGAUUCAUCCAGCGUACAAGAAGCUCAUCUACCACCAUGGUAAAUACUUCCUGAUGAAAAAGUUGUCAUCCAAAGUCAUCGGUCUUCAAGACUAUUUCCCGAAGGAUAUGAAUGUUCAGGUAUGAAUUUUUGUCUGUUUUAAUUUAUUUUAAUUUGACUCAUUUUUAAAAUUAAAUUAAAUUUGAAUUUUUAAAUUUAAUUUUAAGAUUUUAGGUACGCAAUUCUUUGGGACUUCUUGGCAACGAUGAAUUCAACUUUGUCGAAGGCUACCUAGAUAUUCCCAAAACUCGCGUAACCAUCAGUGAACCCCCCAAACUAGAAGAACACUGCCCUCGCGUCACCCUCCCCCCUAAUCUACAAUCGCCGAAUACCACCCCGCGAAGAUAUCGACAAAAUUCUGCGUGUGGCCAAACACAACAAAAUGGUGGAGAAGUUCUAUCAGAAACGAAGGCUUCAAACUCAGUUCAAUCCAAACCGCCAGGUCCCCAGAUAUCAGAACAAUGGCCGACCAGAGGGCGACCCCUUCAACCUCUACGUCUUGGAAGGUGAACAUGUACAGUCAUUCAACCGUUACGACAUUGAUGUAGCCCACAAGUCAAAAGACCCAUCUAUCACCGACAAGUUGAAGCUGUUUGUGGUCACCAAGUGCAUAACUCAAGGUGUAGUCUUUCCCGAAGCUCAGAAGUUCAUCAAAAUGACCAGGAAACGGCAACAACGAAUCGACGAAAACGCGAAUUACAAACGAAAACUGGCACAGUGCAAACAGAAGAUCAAACAAUGUCAGAUCCUAACCGAAAUGACCCUGAGUGAGACCAAAAGCUCGCGAGGAGAACCCCACCUUCUGGCCAGCAUUGCUGAACACAUUAACCGGAUGCAGCUUUUCGACGACCUCACCGAGGACGACGUCGGUCUCUACAGUAAGCAUGAGAAGUGUGUCUUCCAGAAUUGCUUCGUCAAGGACAUGAACAGGCAGCUGAAGCAGGUCAAGAAGGAACGAAAUCAAUAUUUGGCUGCGGAGAAGAGGGCCAAACUCAACAUUUGGCUUCAUCCAACUCUCAAUGCCAAUAUUGACCUCGAUGAUCGAUGGGAUCCGCCUGCCGACGUUCGUGCCACUACUAAAGUCUAUUCAGCUUCACAAAUGAAGACUGAGGAGAAGAAGAUGGUCACCAAGUACAACUCGAAUCCUAAAAUGGACCCACGGUUUGAAAGUGGAUAUUACUCAAAGUUCUUCUAUCGACAGAGGGCGGGUUCACCGACAAAGUAUCCCAAUAUCCAUCAUCAGUAAGUUUGGUUUUUAAAAAUUGCUUUUUUUAUUUUAAAUUUUGGAUUUUAAAAUUAAAAAAAAUUUUAAUUUGUAAAAUUUUUCAAAAUUACCGAUGAUUCUUCUUUCAGUUGUCCUUUAAUGACAAACGACGUUCAAAUCUGUCGUUACUACGAUUGUGCAUACGCUGAUACUGAAUUCGCGAUCAAAAGAGAUGGAACCUUCGUGGAAGUGGAAGCCGAAUGCACAACUGAAGACCCAAAAAAUCCGACUGCAGAGACGGAAUUGAAGUUUACACCUUUCGUGUUUGAUCAUACCAAGACUUCACAGACUCCGAAAGCUGAUCUGAGUAAACUGAAUCCGGAUGUCAUGGAGAAUUACUUCCCUGACAAUCGGAAUCCGGCCAUGUUGGAGGGAGAGCCAGAGCCGAUUUUGGAUGAUUCAGGACAGGCCCAAGGAGGGAAAGGAAAAACUGAAGGAGCAUCAGGAACGUCUAAAGAAACAACAGUACGAGUUGAAGAAGCACCAGGAACGUCUAAGGCGACAGCAGGACAAGCUGAAGUGGGACAAGGAACAAAAUCACUAGAACAAGCUGACCAACCUUGCUCUUCAGCACAAUGUGUUCGCUAUGACGCGGCGGCUGAAAGUGUAGAGCUUCCGGCAGUGGCUGAAAGAGCACAAUCUCGAGCUCAGGCCCAAAAUGCAUCAUCAGACGAGGAUCAACCAGCUUCAGGUUCGUCCGGAAGUCAUAAAUCUCCAAGGCCGUGUUUCCGUGUCACUCCAUGCACCUACGAACCAGCAUUGUCUAUCCAGGAAAAGGAGACUAUGCAGCCGAUUGUGGAUCUAAUGAAGCUGGACCGAAGUCAAGUGGAAAAGGAGACUUUUGUGAGGAAUGCUAAUGCCCACUUGGUAGGUUUUUCAAGUUUUACUUGCUUUCUAUUGAUUUUGUUGCUUUGUUUGGCUUUUUUAUGUUGUUUUUGGUUUUGUGGCUAGUUUUUGAAACUUUAACAGAAAUAGUGCUUCUGGUGGUUAUUUUUUAUCAAUUGAAGUGUUUUUUUCAACUUAUAUUGCUUUUUUUUAUGUUUUUAAAAUUUUUUAAAAAUUUUUAUGGUACUUUUCUUUGUUUUCUAUGUGUUUUUUAAAUAUAUUUUGUUAUUUUUAGUUUAUUAUAACACUUUUUUGAAUUUAUGCAUAGAUCUGGCCUUCAAGCUGGCUAAUUUUCAAUGGUUUUUUGCCUUCUUUAGCCUCUGAUCUGCUUUAAAUGAACAGAUUAGAUUGUUCAAAGCAUUCUAUUCUUCCUUUCAAAACAAAUUGUUUGGGAUUAGAAGGCACAUAAUUAUUUGAACAAUCUAAUAAAUCGUUUGCUCAAGAACCAAGUUUAACAUGAACUUAUGAAAUUAAUCAAAACGAAAAAAAAUAUUAGUUUGUGUAUCAUUUUGUGUUUGUAUUUAUAUAUUUGUUAACUGUGUUUAGAGUUUAAUGGCUUUGCUGUGUUUGUUUUUGGUUUGUGCUUUGUUUUUGUGGUUUUUGGGUGUUGUUAAUGGUGUUUGAAGCUUAAUUUUGAUAACUUUUUGCUUGAUUUUUUAAUUAAAAAGCUUUGUUUUUGUUUAAAAUUUGAUAAAAAAAUUUUCUAUAAAAUUUUAAAUUUUUUAAAGAAAUUUUUUGUUUUCAUUUCAAAAACUUCUUCUUUUGAUUGCUUUUAACUUUUUUUGUGCUGUCAAUCUUAUGAUCUUCCGUUUUCCUAAAAAAAAUCCAAAUUCAAACCCACAAACUAUUCGAAUACAGAACCCAACAUGGCCAUUAAUCUCUGCCAAACACAAGAAUAACAAGCAUCUAACCUUAUGGCAUCUUCAGACACCUAAGAAUGCCUGUUUGCGGAUGUGUUCGGCACGGAACGACACGGUGGAGAAGACGGAACGAGCUAACGAAGAGUUGUUCCGAAGUCGGAUGGGUCAUACACCUCAAGAGCCUUGCAAUCGCCUCUGCCAAUGUUUAUGUUCGAAGCCACAAUGCAGCAUGAAGUGUAAAUGCCAUCUGUUGUAUCAAGUUCAUGCUGCGAAGUGGGAUGACGUAUCAGAUGAUGUCUGUCCAUACCCAGCCGAGGUUGCCAGCCUUGUGAAGAAGUAUGCACAGUGUUGA